CAAGGAGUUCUUGUGCACGAUGCGAGUUACCAUGCUGCUGUUCAGCUGGAGGGUCCAGAGGGUCCAUUAUUGUCAAUACUAGAUAUGCUAAUGAAGCCUUCCCCAUCAUCUCAUUCCAAGGAAGUUUCUGAUUCUAUUCUGGCAGGCCGUAUCUAUGGAAGUGCCAUGAUUCAUCAAGUUGGAGGGCCAUUUCCGCAGCCGAUUGCUCCUGUAACUUAUAUGUGGAGACCAUAUCAUUUACCUGAUAGAGAAUAUGAUGGCGAAGGAAGCAAUGAUGUAGGAACUGAAAACAGAGAUGGUAAUGACUCUCGCAAAUGCUGGGUGUGGAUCCAUGCUUCUUCAUUUAGUGAGGGAUAUGAUUCUCUUAAACUUGCUUGUCAAAAGCAGAUGAAUGAGACAGGUGUCUCACUCAAUUGUUUUUCGCUUGAGGGUCGGCUUGCAAAACUUGAGAUUCUCGGGCCAAAGGCAUCGCAGCUUCUUGAGAAGACUCUUUAUCCCGUUUCUUGCUUAGCGCAAUAUUCGGCAGCCAAAGCUGAUCUCAACAUUGAGGAAGCCAUUUCAUCUGGUGCAAUUUUGGCACGAUCUAUCAUGGAUCCACGGACAACCCUAAACAAUAAGCUUGAUGAUGUUACCGACUCUGUUGAAACGAUAACCAGAGCUGAGCCUGACAACCUUCAAGAAGUUUUCAAGUGUUUGUGGGAUGCAAGUGAUGAACUAAACCCACCUGAAGAAGAGAGCGUACUGUGCUCGGAAAAACAUCAAUCUCGUAUGGAUUUUCUCUGUCUUGAUUCUAUAUCAGAGACUCCCAGGACAUCAAAAAGUCCAAGGAGGCUGAGGACUUGUCCUGUAUUGCUUCUAAAACAUAAAACUCCUACUGGAUGGUCUCUUAUACUUCCCCUGAGUUGGGUUAAAGUCUUCUGGAACGCCUUUGUCUCUAAUGGGGCUCAUGCGAUAGGUCAGAGGGAGAAACGCUGGAUCGCUUGUGAUGCUGGUUUACCCUUUUUCCCAUCAGAUUUUCCCGAUACCAAUGCAUAUUCGUCCUCAAAAAUGAGCGAGGCUGCUGAGUUGGAGCAAAAGGCAGAACGCCGCCCAACCGCUAUGAGGCCUUUCAGAAUUCCCAUUCCGCCUCCAUGGAAUAGCAUCCUCGUUACUCUGAACCAAAGUUCCAUUGCAAUUCCACAGAUGGAGCUAUCUAAUCCAAACUGUACACCUGAUUCUGAAGUGUCCUCAUCUGGAAAUGUGAACAGUGAACCAGAAUCUGCUGGCUAUGGUGGUAAUCUAUUUGAUGGUAUCGUGGCAAGAACAUCCAGUGAGCUGACUGCUUUUAUGAAAAGUUCCAUGGGUGAUAACAUGCUUUCAUUUCCACGAGCUUCCAACUUGGACACGGUCAUUAAGCCAUGUCGAGAGGUCAAAAAUGGGUUGACCCAUGCAAGUGCUGAGAUCAAUCAUGGUAAUAAACUAUGCCUUGUCAGAGUUCUUCUACACGCUUAUAAGGAGGGUUCUUUUGAAGAUGGGGCGGUUGUAUGUGCACUCUCUCUCUCGGACAUAUUGUUAUGGAAAGACAGUAAACAUGAAGCGGACCGACCCGCCAUCCCUCAGUCUAUGGUGAAGUCAUACUUUGAAGAGCAACCUUCUGGAACAUGGGAACUUAAUGUUCCGGAAGAUUCUCCGUCGAAGGAAUCUCACAGAUGGCCAAUUGGGUUCGUGACAACUGGAUUUGUCCGUGGGAGUAAAAAACAGAGGGCAGAAGGUUACUGCGAGGCAGUUUUACUGGCGAAACUCAGAGAAGAGCAAUGGAGAGACAAACCUCUGAAACGAAUGAAGAAGGAUGUCUAUGUUUUGGUCAGAAAUCUGAGGUCUUCUGCUUAUAGGCUCGCACUUGCUUCCGUCGUUCUGGAGCAACAGGACUGCGACGUAGAUUCCUUGUAGAGUUUUGUAACAAAAAAUUUUGUUUUCUUUUCUAUAAUUUUGGUCCUGAUUAAAUUAUUAUUAAAUUCUGCUCCAUAAGUGUAUAUCACAGUUGGUAUUUGCAUCAAUCAUCAUAUAGAUAACUGACGGUUUUAGAUUUU